CCGGCUGCAGUUAGCCCUCUUUGGACUCCCAGAACUUUCUCCUUCACCGCCUGCGGCUCACGGGUCUGCCCUGAGUACCGGACUCGGGUGGCCUAGGCUUCCUCCUAGGACAUCAAAUCGACCCGCACGGGGAUGGGGUCACCUCGCCCCCACCAGCUCUUCCUGCAGCAGCUCUACCUCGGCUGUACCGCUUCUGCGUGGUUUCCUGCCUCCAGCUCCAGCCACUGGCCCGGUUGACCAUGGCCCUUUCUGUGGAGACCGAGUCACACAUCUACCGAGCUCUGCGCACUGCCUCUGGGGCUGCUGCCCACCUUGUGGCCCUGGGCUUUACGAUCUUUGUGGCUGUGCUUGCCAGGCCUGGCUCCAGUCUGUUCUCCUGGCACCCCAUGCUUAUGUCUCUGGCUUUCUCUUUCCUGAUGACCGAGGCACUGCUGGUGUUCUCUCCUGAGAGUUCGUUGCUGCGCUCCCUCUCACGGAAGGGCCGAGCACGCUGCCACUGGGUACUGCAGCUGCUGGCCCUGCUGUGUGCACUGCUGGGCCUAGGUCUUGUCAUCCUCCAUAAGGAACAGCUUGGCAAAGCCCACCUGGCCACGUGGCAUGGGCGGGCAGGGCUGAUAGCUGUGCUGUGGGCCGGGUUGCAGUGCUCAGGUGGGGUGGGGCUGCUCUACCCUAAACUGCUGCCCCGCUGGCCCCUGGCUAAGCUCAAGCUAUACCAUGCCACUUCUGGGCUAGUGGGCUACCUUCUGGGUAGUGCCAGCCUCUUGUUGGGCAUGUGCUCCCUCUGGUUCACCGCCACAGUCACUGGUGGGGUCUGGUACCUUGCUGUGCUAUGCCCUGUCAUUACCAGUUUGGUCAUCAUGAGUCAGGUGAGCAACGCCUACCUGUACCGCAAAAGGAUCCAGCCAUGAGCUCUUCCCAGCCUAGAAGCCUGGAUUUGCCCCUCAGUGUAGUAGUGGGGGCUGGGGCCUCCUGGAUUUUCUCAGCUAAGUCAUGAGGACAUCUCAGGCACUGGGGAAGUCUAAAGUAGGAGUCUUGUGUGUGACAUUUUUUGCUUGCUCCUCAUGGUGGAGUGCUUCCCCUUUUCUUCUGUACUGUCCCAGAGGAGCUUAUGGAUGAUGUCUGGAUGAAGCUGGGGUUGCAAACCUACUUCCCCAGCAACUCAACUCAUACUUGUACUGGUAUGUCUGGAAAUUACAGGAGAGAAAAAAGCAAAAUAAAGAAGAAUGACUGAAAAGACCGGAUGGGAGGAAUAGCUUAGAACUGGGGAUAGUUCUCACUAAUGCUGUCAGAGUGAAGAAACAGGCAGCUAGGCAAGAUGGGGACCCCUGUCCCUGGCUGCUCACUGAGGGGCUGAAGCUCUCCCAGCACAUGAGCUCUGAGAUCUGGCUGCUGAGCCUCCUGUGCCCUCCGUGCCACCCAGGGCCCUAGAUGAGUGGCCCUAGAUGGUACAGCUAUGUGUCCUUUCACUCUCCCACCUGCAUACUGUGCUGGCAUCGCCAAACUGGUGGUUAGAUGUGGACAGUGACACGGUGGGAGCUGGGGAUGGGCUGUUUCCAUAGGUGUCAAGCACUGACCACUGUCUUGAGAGUGAGCAAUCGAUAAGAACACUCUUUAUGGUAGAGAGGCCCUCAACCAUCCGAUCUUCUGGGCAGAGCCUCCCUGACUGGGAAUCAGAGAGAGAGAGAACAUGAGUAAGUAUUGGAAGUGACAGCUCUGGGAAGGGUGUUUAACAGUGGGGGUAGGGGGAGUGGGGGCAAUAGGCUUCUUAUUCAGCUGGAGCUGGCAGGGAGACCAAGCCCUUGAACCUAGAGUAAAGUCCCUAACUUUGCAGUUGAACAUAAUGAGGGGGCUGCCCAAGGUGGUCUGAUAGAGCCCAGGAGCCAUACCUCAAAGAACUGCUUUAUUGAUACUGCGAGGCUGGGCUUCACUGCCCACUCAAGUGGUCCUGUAGAAAAUACUUGGGAGCCGUGGCUCUUCUGGCCAAGAAGCAGCCAUAGCCACAGCAGAGGGAAUCAGAAAUUUUCACAUGAACAUAGUCUUUCUGAGGGUGGGCAGGAAUGUGCAGCCCUGCACUGGCUGGACCCCCAGAACGUUUUUGGCAAAUCCUUGCCUUGGCUCAGGGCUCUUGGCAACCAGUGUCAGGCAUCAGGGUUGGCCCAGGAGGUGUGGCACCACUGUCCCUGCAGCCACUUGCUUGGGGCUGUCUGCUGAGGUACAGUCUUACCUCAGAUGGCCCGGGCUGGCUGACACUUCAGAGGCCCCAUGCCUGGCAUAGUGGUUGUCUGGAGUUGGAACCAGGUAGCAAGAGUCCUGGGUAGUGUUGGCGAGAGAUAGCAGAAGGCUGUGGAAACCCCCAGCAGCCCUUCUUCCUUCUCAGAGCAGUCUGCCCUGGAGUAGCUGAGAGGUGUCAAGGGGGGGCUUGGGAGAGGAGGCGCCUACACUCAAGGUGGUCUGGAGUUACAGCUUCGGCGGAGCUGCCUCGAAGGUGAUCAGGCUGGAUUCUGGGGCAGCCCCCUUCCCUGGGAGCAUGGGGGCCUUGUCUGAGGGUAGGGGGCUAUCCACCUUGGCCCCUGCCUCCUCUUCAUCGUCAUCCAUGCUUGGCCAGACGGACUGGUCCUCCACUCUCUUCAGACGCUCAUUGAGGGCCUUCAGGGCCAGUUGCCUGGAGCCAGAGGAAAGAUGACAAGUCACUUGGCUCAUGCCCUGUACUCUUCCCCCAUGAAGCUGACUCCCCCUACCACCCAGACUUCUCUCAGAAUUCUAUGUAUUCCCCUUCACCAUGCAGGGCCCAGGGCUUCCCAGGGACUGGAGAGGGCCACCUCUGCCAUCAGAAGAAGGACCCAAAGGCUGUAGAGCCUCCCCUUCAUAGCCAGGGCACCUUCAGGCUGAGAAGGCCAUCAGGGUGUUUGCCAUACUGUCCACCAGGCCAGUCCCACGAAUGAUUCUGAGGGUGGUGCCUAAGCAUGGGCAGAGUUGGUACCCCAAGAAAGAUGGGUGGAAGGAGUCCCUGAACAUGGGAGUUUCUGCCUGGGCACUGGUAUCACAUCCAAGGAGAGAGUUAUUACUUCUUCCUCUCUCCUCAUUAGGGGUGUUUUGAGUCUCCUGGCAAGGGUCUGUGGGGAAUGCUGGAAUGCAGGCACCUAUCCUGGAUCUCAACCUGGGAAGCAGGUCCAACUUGGGUCAGCCCACCCCUCCUGACUCUAAUGUUCUCCUUCCCAGAAGAAUCCCCAAAGCCACCACUACCGGUGUUAGAGCAGUGAACACCAAGUCCUUGCAGAAAGAGGAGGAACAGCCCAUUUGGACGGGACACAGGCCAAAGCUUACUGGUUCCACUGGACAAAUCCUUUUGGAUCUCACUUGGGGGGAAAUGGGAAAGUUGACUAGAAGAUAUACACGUGCACUUGGGACCCUAGUCUACCAGGAGGUAGAAUGCCCGUGCUGCCAGGCAAAACUUUCACUAGUGGUCACUAUGAAACCCUGAUGCCUCAACCUGUUUGUGCUACAAGCAUGGGGGAACAGCCUGUAAUAGCCUUCCAAGUUCCAGCAGAGAACCAAAACCUCCACCAUACCAGGGAACGUGACAGAAAAGGCAACAAGAACACAGGCGCAGAAAACCCAAGCACAAUUCCACCCUUUCCUCCAGCCUGACACAUGGCGAACUGGCAUAAACAGGACAGUCCUUCCCUGUGCUACCCAGGCUUCCAUCCUGGAGACUGCCUUGUCAGUUCUGUCUAAAGUCUGCCAAUAUAGAGAGGUAAUAGCAUGCUAGUCACUUCCUCACAAGAGUCAAAGAUAGGAAACCCUGUCUCCCCACUACUAGUAGCCAUUUGGGUUUGGGAGUGGCAUGCUGCCAGAUGUCCAACUGCUUGGAGUAGUAACAACCAUAAGGCUACGUCAAGAACCCACAUCCUGACAACCUCGCCUACCCCAACCUGCCAUUUUCUUGGGCCUGAGCAGAGGUGUUUUGAAAUGUCAGCCAACCCUAACAGUCCAAGACUUCUCACUAAAGGAGGAGUCACCACCGUGUCUUGGCCCCACCUGUAGAGCUGAGGACAGCUCAGUUUCUACCAGGCCCAACCCUCUUGGUCCCAUCUUCUCCACUGUAUAAAAUGAAGACAGACCUGUCUUUAGAAUUCAUCAGCCAUAGACACAAACUGUAGGGCCAACAGUUAUGCCCCGCAGCAUGCCUUGUGUACUUUUCAACAUCCACCACCUUAGGCCAUAGUAAUCUGCAGCCCUUCCCCUGCUGGAAACCCCUUCAUGAAAGGGGUGUGUCCCACACUGAAAUCCACAGCCCCAAUGGAGAGUAAGCACAGGGAUAACUUUUCAGCUGAAUUCAUAAAACUGUCUGCCAAGAAUCCAUUUCACAGGUGAGCAAAAGCAGAAGCUGACAGGAGGAACAAAGCCUGCUCCAGGCUUCACUACUAAAAGAACUGCCUCAAAAAAACCAAAAACUCUCAACAAUAGUGUUGGAAAUAGAGCUGUUACCACUCUGGUGAGUCAACAGACCUGGGAGAGAGAGAGAACGAGCCAGAAAGCUGGAUUAAAAAAAGAUCUGCCCUGCCCUGGCCAAGGUGCAUUCAGUGAAUAAUUCAUCUGGGACUCCAGAUGGUGCAGAUGGCUUGGUUUACAGAUAAUUAAAAAGGUUGUCUCCACUCCCUGUGUGGUCAGCAGACUCCACAGUGGGUCACAUGGCCUGUCCCCUGGGUUUGGUGACACAUACAUGCUAGAAGGACGGGGUGUAGUACCCCAAGUUUCCCUCUCAAUAAGUGGCAGAGAAGCACAGCAUAUGAGUUUUUAAGAUCCAGGAAGAGGACAUGGCUCAGCAUUUUGAAAUUGGGGUGGCCCAGACUGCCUAAUAAGAAUCCCAGGUCUCUUUUUCUGUUCCUCCCUCACAGGGGAAAAAGGACCAGCAGGUCGUUUCUGGCUCCCAUAGGACCAGUGUCUAGGAUUCCGAGUUUCUGACAUGAUUAGGAUUAUGUGUAUCUGGCCAUUAACCCCUCACACAGUAUAAAAGGACACUGGGCAUUUCUUGGGGCUUGUUAAGUAGCCUGAGUGGUGAGAAAGGCAACUUUCACUCCUUAAUGCUGGAAAACAUCUACUGGAGCCCAGACUCCUACAUGCUGAGUUUCUCAAAACCACAAACUGGAUUUUCUCUCUGAGUCUGCCCCACCACCUGACCCUUGGCUGCCAGCCAACAUACAGCAAGUAUAACAGACGAUAUGGGGCUUGAUCAAUACUCUCCUAGUUCAACAAGGUUUUGGAAUACUCCACAGUACCUUCUCCGUUCUGCAUCUUGAGGGUCUGUCCCUGGGAGGCUGAUGGUGAUGGAAGACGGGGCACCUACAUCAUAGCGCUUCACUGUCUUCUGGCAUAUCUUUACCUUCACCAGGAGGCCGUGCACCAAGUUCGCCAACAGCCCCACCACGGGCUGCAGAAUCUCAGGGAAGAAGGUGGCAAAAGCGAAGUGGUCAGCCAUGUCUCCUCGGCCUCGGCUAUGGCGCUGGUAGAAGCGAAGAUAAACCCAACUGGAGAGCAGCCCAAAGCCAUAGGAGGCCAGUGCUGGGCUCUGGAGCAGCGUGGCCAGCCGCAACAGCAGCAGCAGCCCCAACAGCAGCAUAGGCACCACGCUGACACGCACCUGGGGCACACGCAAGACCACACAGUCCCCCAUGGUUUGCUUGAGUGCCACCAGGACACCACCUAGGAAGCCCAGGGCUCCGUGGAUGCGGAUAGUGAAAAGGUAGACCAAGUUGAAGGAAGCCAUGUAGGUGAGGAGGUAGGCGAAGGCCCCCAACAACCCCACUGACACGUUCACCACUGAGAAGAAGAUGAGCAGCUCCAAGGCCCCCCAGAGGGGCUCCAGCAAACGUCCAGCCACCACCACCGUGGCAAGACUGAUAGCCACAUCCCACACGUGCUGUUCCAUCAGCCCAUGGGUGGCGAGGGUCCAGAUCCAGAAGUUGGGCGGAAAGAGGUAGCCUGGGGUAACCGCCAGGCAGCCCGUGUCCACGGCGAAGGACAGCAGGUAGAGGAAGAGUACUGUCGCACACAGGGCCUUCACCACCACGCUGGCGCUGGCCAGGAUGGCCCCCAAGUGCUGGCGGGCGCCCGGUAGGGCGCGCUGCAUCUUCCCGAAGGGCGUCGGCCUGGGGGAAAGGUCUAGUGUGUUAGGGGCCUCCCCGGGGCCUCGCCCCAGUCCGGCCCCGACGGGAGGCCCGGGCCCGGCCUAGUCACUGGCCUAUGGCCCCGGUGAAGACUCCACUUCUGGUCGGGUUGGCUCCGGUCCCAAAGGGUCAAGUUGGGCCUGGUCGCGGGGCCGGGGCCUAGGCCCCUUGCCGGGGACCUGAGGGAAGGCCCUGGGAGGCUUCUGCACGUCUGCUCGCCUGCCUGCCCUGUGGGCCCCGCGCCGAGCUGACCGGGCUGGCGUUGAUCUCAGGGCUCGGCCUAUUCCAUCCACUCGGGGGCCCUACGAUCUGCGUGGGACUGGAGCCUAGUUCUGGGCCCCAGUCAAGUCUCGUCAGCUCCGGCUCGGCCUCGGUCUUGGCUACGACCGUACCUCCUCCCUUCCCAGGCACCGACAAACAGGGUGCUGCGCUUGCGCGCUCCCGACGGCGGUGGGAUGCCCUUCCGGCUCUGCGGCAUGCUGGGACAUGGAGUCCUCAGCCGAAGCCGGGGACGAGCGGAUAUCAACUUUCUGGGUAAAACUACAAGUUCCAGGAAGCUGCGCUCCCGGGCCGUUCCAGUUGGUAAGAGGAAGGUGUGCUUGGGAGUUGUAGUACUCAGGACAGUUUCCGCCUGUUGUCGGGGAGUGGGGAGGAGUCAAUAGCUUCGCUAACCUGGAGGAAAGCUGCGGGUACCUGCGCGGCAGCGAAACUGCAGACACGCGCUUGCUGAAUUUCCUGGGAACAGUAGCCCCGUGCAUGUACAUUUGAAUACUUCUGAGUGGUCUUUGUGGACAGGUGUGUGGGUAAGAAUGUUGAUGGUCUUGGUGUGCGUACCAGUGUGCAGGGACUCCGAAACUUCCGCAGCCUGGUGGUGUGUGUCUGAUCCAGGUUGUAUGGGUGUAUGAGACCUGACCCAGAUUGGAAUUCUUGCUCUUCCAUUUGGCGGCUGUGCGACACUGGCUAAGAUUCCUCAAUUUCAUGGACGUAAAAUGGAGAUAAUUUUACGGUGAGGGUUCAAGGGGACUGUGGUGUAAAAUGCCAGUCCACUCUGGGGGCUCAGUGAGUGUGUUGCCCAGGCUGCCCUUGUUACAAGUGUGGUGGCACUGCGACUUGAACUCAGGUCUCCUGUCCCCAAAAUGGCAAGGCUGGACUGCUUUUAGUGACUCUCUUCCCCAUCACAGAUUUCUUAUCUCUAGCCUUGAGGAGGAGAGAUCUCCCCCACAGACUUGGGCCAGGGUGGCCCAGGGCCCUCACUUCACUGCAUUGGUAGCUUCCAGCAGUUUGUGUCCUGUGCAAACUGAUUUUUUGGUGUAUUUACUUUUUAAAAAUGUGCAUAUAGUUAAAACAAUUAUAUGUGACAGAGCACAUGUAUAAAGUGCAGAAUCCCUUCCUUUCAGCCACUGAUCUCAGUACAACUUCCGACCUGUGCAUAGCCUUCUAGGUUACAAAAGGUGUUGACAGUCUUUUCUUUGUCUAGGGUCUGGACUUUAAUUUGAUGCCAGGGAGGGUUGCCAGCUUUAGCAAAUCAAAAUACAGGGUGUUCAGUCAAAUUUGAAUUUCAGAUAGGUGAAUAAUUUUUAGUGUAAGCAUGUCCCCAGUUUUUUUAGUAUUGUUGUAUCAUACAAUAUUGGAAACAUACUAAAAAAAUUCAUCAUAUAUCUGACUUUAAAUUUGACUGGAUGUUCUACAUUUUAUCUAGCAACCCUAUCCUGGGACCGAGCAGGCAUGGGAGGGCAUGGGAGCUCUCUCAGGGGUUACUAGUUAGGCAUUGCUCUGUGGCCAACCACUGCAGGAGGAGUGAGGAAGAGUGUCUUUGGUAAGGCCCAGAAUGUCCUCCUGCAUUUAUUUAGUAUCCAGUGCCCCCCAACCAGGUCACCUCAGGUUUCUAGCUGAAACCUUUGCUGAUUUCUUGCCUUUCUCACCAACCAAGAGAGGAGACUUAGUCUCUGUUCGUUUAUCUGUCUAUGGGGAUAAACUAGUACCAAGUCUAAGGUGUAAGCUGACUGCCUACCAGGUGAGUGCAAAGUGUGUUGUAAGUGAGUAAGCAUCAGCAGUAUUAGGAAACCUCUGUUGGGGGGGGG